UCUCCAGACAAUAAGUUCCCUCCUUUUCUCUCCCUUUAGGAAGAAGACAAGCCUACUCUAUACGUGUUCAAUGCUGUAACAGAAGACACAAUGCCAAUAAUGGAGAGCAUUUCCCUUCUUGACAAAAAAGUGUCUGACCUGAGAACACUGGUAACUCUGAGAUGUGGCCUCCCUGUGAGUGUUUACUGUCUCCGAACCCCAAAGGGACUGGAGAUGUAUGAUUGCAACACGCUCAAGGACUACCAGACUGAUAUUGGCACAACACUUCGUUUGGACGUCUGGGAUGGAUGGAAGGAAUUUCUGAUGGGUUGUCUACUUGGACAAAAACUUAAAGUCCAACGCUAUUUAUCAAAAGAAGGACCAGUACUCAAGUAUCAGAAAAGGGUAGCCCUGUACAUUGCUGCUUUUUGUGGGUACAUUGAACUCACUGAAUGGGCCCUGAAGCAGGGUGUGCAGCCCCACGAGGCAGUCGGUGUUCACCCCUAUCGAGCAUGGUGCCAUGAAGCCCUUCAUACAGAUGUCUCUAAGUGCCCCAUUCAUGCAGCCGCAGAAGCAGGCCAACUGUUGAUUCUGAAGGCUUUUGUCAACUGCAGCGUGCUGUGCCUGGAAUGCAAAAAUGCAGCAGGACAAACUCCCCUGACCAUCGUGUUCAAACACAAGCAUAAAGACUGUGUAUUAUAUUUGCUGAGUAAAAUGUGGUCCACGGUUUCUUUUCUGAAAAUUUCAGUCCCAAUGAGGAUUUAUAUUAAAAUAAAACAAUGGAUCCUCAGAGCUCAGAGUCACAGUCUUCAUAAAAGCCAAUUUUGCGGAGCAAGGGUCUUUGGGGCAAAAGUUGGAGACACUGUGAUGGUGGAUGGUUUCACCAAGCCAAAAAUGACCUCCAAGAGCUGGCAUAAGGCUGGGAACAGGGACUCACAAAGCAUCUUGCCCAAGCUACCAUCUCUCAGCAGACAAACUGCAAGCAGCAAACCUGUCAAUCCUUUGGCAAUUUCACAGUCGGACACAAGAGAACAAGCCCUCAAAUUUCAUCCACUUGUGAAUGCAAGUACAUUCUCUGAAUUACAAAAACAUCAACAACAAAAUCAGAAAAAAAUUGCUGCCAUAGCUAGCAAAAAAGAACAGCUCAUAAAAAACAUAUAUCUUCCCCAAGUCCCCCUCCCUCCAGUUUCAAGAGUGGGAUAUUCACAUCCAUCGUUUUUCUAUGCAACACCCAGUGCUGACUUUUUACUGAAGUCCUCCUUUGCAUCUUUCUCAGAGCACAGUGGAAAGACUCCAAGGGAGAAUGCAAUCUACUGCUUAGCUGUGGCAAGUGCCUUUAAAGAGAAACGAUGGCUUCAGCAGUUAGAAAUAGCAAGAGUCCUGGCCAAAAAGAGCAUUUCUAACUUGACUACCAGAGGAGGCCUGACAGCAUGUGAAAACCCUCUAGAAACUGUGCUUUGAAAAGCACAGCCCCAGUUUGGACAAAGACCUGAUCAAACAGAAUCUCCAGUUCUAAUGUUAACAUCUCUAAUAACAGUUCUAAUGUUAUCAUCUCUAGUAACAGUUCUAACGCCACAUAACUUUUAAUAGGAUAUUUAACCCCACGUUUUCUCGAACUUCAUCACCCUAAGUGAAAAUUUAGUACUUUUUUGUGUAAAGAAUAUGAGGAAUAAUUCAGAAGAAAUUGAGAAUACUAGUUGCCCACAGGGUAGGGGAGCUGAGACAACAGAACACAAGAAAGUGAGAAUUUUUACAGUUCCUUUGUUUGUUUUGUUUCUUAAAAAAAAAAAAAAGUGUGCUUUGGUUUUUUAAGCCAUAUGAAGGUAGAACGUAUUUAAAAAUAAACAAAAAUUUGUAUUUCUA